AUGUUACGCCUACCACCAACCACGAUCUCCUUGACCAUAACAGAGGUUAAGGAGUUUGAACGUCAUCUUCGAUUUAAGAAGUAUCUUGCUAGAGAAGGUACUCUAGGUAACUUACCUAUACGUACCAAGAAACCGGUUCCUGUAGCUAAGAGCAUCGAGACGGAAUAUAACGUUUUAAACCAAUCAACCCCGGAACUUAUCUCCAAAAGGUCAUCUACCACAAGUGUCAAAGAAAGCUCUAAACUUCUGGCAUGUCCGCCUCGACCACCAAAGCCUGGUGAUGACUCUGUUGAAAGUAGCUCUCAGGGUAUACCAUCUUCCUCGCAAAGCGGUACUCCAAGCGCCUCGAAUUUGUCGCAUCCUAUGGGCUGGGGAAACUUGCCAACGACGCUGCCUCCGCCAUUCUCGAAAGAAAAACGAUCCGUAUCGGACGCGCAAUCACUACCCUCGAACUCUAGUGGUAUGCAGGCGAAGCCUCGCCGCGACAGCUCCGGCCAAGAACCACCAGAAACGCCCCCAAGACGAUCAUCUCUUCGGAUGGCGCAUACCGACGUUCGGUCGGGCUCUCUACCCCUUAGAAGUAGGAGACGACUUGUCAGUUCGGCGGUUAGAUUCGUGGGGUCUAUCGUCCGUUCUCCAGGCCGCGGCUCUCCGUCGCCAACGCCACACGCUAGUAGCUCCGAGUCUGGUUCUCCGGGGCGGAGGGAUGAGCUAGAACCAAUGAGCGGGACGGAACUUGGGUUUAGAAUUUAUAACGACUCUCUUCCGGCGUCAUCGCAGCCGCAGACACCACUCAAUCUCCCAGAAUCACGUCACCAAAGUCGUCUUCACGGCGCGUACACUGCGCCUGUCCUACGAGUAGCCUCUCGAUCGGCAUAUAGGUCCAACACUAUGAGGGGAAUGGGGGAUGCCACCAGCAGUCCAUCCGGUCUUGAGACACCCGGCUUUCGAGGUCUCUAUAGCGGCCGAGAGAAUACCGAAGACUCAACGCUGUUCUAUGAGGCGUCGAUAUUCCAGGGAGAAGGCCCAGUAGAGGGUGAAUAA